CGGCGUCGCCGCCCGCCGCCGCCAUGGACGCGGCGUCGCUGCCCGUCGCCCUGGACCUGGUGGCUAGCGGCGGCGCGGGGCUGAGCCCGGAGAAGCGGGCGGCGCUGGGGGCCUCGCUGCCGCUCCUGCAGCGCGACUACCGCUUCGAGCGGGUCUGGUUCUGGGGCCGCAUCCAGGGCCUCCGCGGCGCCUAUUACAUCGCCGAGGGGCUGGGCCGCGACUGCGCCGCGCCCCGCAGCCGCCUCUACAGCUUGAACUGCGUGGAGUGGAGCCUCCUGCCGCCGGCGAGCAAGGAAAUCCUUGCACAGGCUGAGACGCUGAAGGGCCGUUUCCAGGGGGAUCCCUCCUUUGAGUAUGAGCUCACUGAGAUAAAGGCAGAAGAUGCCGAAAAAUUAACUGAAGACGGGCAGGAGCCAGUGAUCAAGGAGGAGACCCGCCUUGUAGCUACAGUAGAACAGAUAGAUAAAGCAGUUGGUAUCAUCCCCCGGGGUUCAUUUGUGAAGACUCCCCUAGGAUCUGUGCAUGAAAACAGAAGCUUUGAAGGUCUUUCUUUGACGGAGGCAAAAAAAUUAAGUUCCUAUUUUCAUUUGGCUGAGCCUGUUAACCUGAAGAAUAAAACAUUGCUGGAAAAGGCUGACCUGGACCCUUCUACAGACUUUCUGGACUCUCUGGAGCAUGAUAUCCCAAGAGUACCUGCAUCAGGGAAACCAAUCUUCCUUGGGGCAGGAAAGUGCCUUCUUCCUCUUUCCUCUACUAAUGCUAUGAGUUUAUUUUGAGAACAAGUUUUUAAUGUGUAUCUGUUUGCCCAGGACUGCCAUAUAGCUUGGACAGCCUAUUAGCUAGACCAAGCAGAUUGUAGAGCUUGUCAGAGUAACUGUUGCCUACUCUCAAGAGUAGCCAAGAAUAGCUGUUCUUACUCCUAGGGAUAAAGUAUCCAAGUCUGGAGCUUCAAGGGUCUGUCCCUUCCUGUGAUGCAUACCACAUUACCAUCAUAGCUGUGGGAAUACGCUGCUGAGUGGAGUAGAAAUAAACAUCUAGAAAUAAGAGGGCAGCCUAUAAUGCUGAAGUGGCAAAAGAGAAAGGACAUCAAAAUUCCUGGUCUCUUUGACUUGACUCUUUUCCGCUGUCAGAAGCUCCACUGUACUGAUGCAGCCUUGCACAUUAUUAACUAGUCAGGCAGAACCUACCACAAUCCUUGCUCCCGGAAUGCUGCUUCUCUCUCUUUUUCAUUGACUUAUUAGCACCUUCUCAUACAGGCUCCUGGACUGUCCAGCUAGAGAAGGGAGGCGUCGUGGUGGUGUUGAGGAGCCUGCUGUGGCUGGGAUUGUCAUUCUACCAUGUCCCAA